AUGGCAGCCAAUUUACUGCAGCUUGAUCCAGGCGCAACAAGCAAGAUCAGUUCUUCAAGCAACAUCAAGUCUCCGAAGACAAAAUGUCCUGCUCCAUUUUUAUCCAAGACCUAUGACUUGAUAGAAGAAGGUCGUGCAGAUGGAGUUGUCGAUCAUCCUCAUGGCAAGAGAAUUGUUUCUUGGAAUGCAGACGGAGAUGGGUUUAUAGUAUGGUCUCCAGCUGAGUUCUCAGAGCUCACUUUACCCAGAUACUUCAAGCACAACAACUUCUCCAGCUUCAUUCGUCAGCUUAACACCUAU